AUGGCGCAGGCCUACUACCACAACCCGAGCAUGAAACAGAUAGAUGGAGAAGAAGACCCACCGCCGCUGCCGCCAGGGCCACCACCGCCGAGAGCCAACAAGGCCAUCGACAUCACCCCACUCAUGCAGACCACGGUGCGGCACCUCCAGAACCGCUACAGCAAGGAGGUCGCGAGGGACCUGAAUCCAGGCGGACGCAAAAUGGAGGGCGUCUUCGGGAAGCUGUGGGUCAUCCAGGACGGCGCGGACAAACCAUGGACAGAGGACAACAAACCUGGCUCCAAGGACCCCAACAACCCCGACGCCAGCAUACCAGCGGCACCCACCACAGACCCCCGAGCCAUCUGCAGGCUGCGCGGCGCGAGUUGGCACGAGCUGGGCAAUCCGCUCGACGGCCAUUUCCCAGCCGUCCUUUUCUUCCACAACAUCACCCACAACCCAGACGGCGAGAUUGACCAUAUACGCGAGGCCCACAAGGACUGGACACCAGAGAUGAAGCACGAGGACGACGGCAGAUCCAUCACCAAGGGCGAGCACAUCACCGCGUGGAUUCAGCCACCACCCAACCCAGAGGUGACCUUCGACCUCAUGAACCAGGCCGCCACUCGCGACGGCGCCGUCAAUCGGCUACCGCCACCGGGAGGGGGGGGGCGCACUAUAGAACGAUUCUCGCCCACCGGCACCGGCACCGGCACCGGCACUGGCACCGGCACCGACACCGGCACCGGCACCGGCACUGGCACCGGCACCGGCACCGGCACCGGCACCAGCACCGGCACCGGCGCCGGCACCAGCACCGGCACCGGCACCGGCACCGGCACCGGCACCGGCGCCGGCACCGGCACCGGCACCGGCACCGGCACCGGCAUCGGCGUUGGCACCGGCACCGGCACCGGCACCGGCACCGGCACCAGCACCGGCACCGGCACCGGCACCAGCACCGGCACAAGCACCAGCACCGGCACCGGCACCGGCACCGGCACCGGCGCCGGCGCCUGCGCCGGCAUUGGCACCUGCACCGGCACCGGCACCAGCGCCGUCGAGUGCCAGCGCGGGGAGCGCGCACACUCGCGCACGCCAGCUCUCCGACCGUCCGGCGGCAAGCGGGUGGCGGCGCUGUCGGUCGAAGAGUUCCAGCAGCUGCUCGCUGACAUUGUGCGUGCCGAGGUGUCCGGCGCCGUUGGCGACGUGUCGAGCGAGGCGCUGUCGACGCAGUGGAAGCACGAGGGCCCUGCGCUCCUGGAGCGUAGCCCCACCGACGAGAACAUCUGCAGCCCAUCGACUCGCCCACCCGCCAUGGUCUGGGGAACUGUAAGGCAGCUGCGCGGGAUAGACUCCACCGAGCUGGGCCAGCAUUUCAGGUCCAGAGAGCACGACGACGAGAGGCAGUCGAUGCUGGAGGUGCUGCUGUCGCUCAGCCCGCUGCUGCAGGCGAAGGGAGGAGCGCAGCGCUGGGCGACCCGCUGGGCGCGUCGCUGGGACCGCUGUGUUCAUGAUGUGAGGGAACCAGUGCGAACUGGAUGUUUGGCUGCUUAUGUCCGGAGCAGGAACUUUGAGCUGCUAUUCUCCUUCGUCAUCAUCCUCAACGCGAUCUACAUGGCCUCCGCGACGAACUAUCAGGUGCAGCAUCCGCUCGAGGGGACGACCGCUGCCAUGCGUGCGGCCGACUGCCUAUUUUUGUCGCUGUAUGCGUUGGAGCUUGUUCUUAAGCUGAUGGUCCACAGGUGUUAUUUUUUCUGGAACAGGGAGAUGCGUUGGAAUUUGCUGGACUUCUGUCUGGUCGCAUACGGUAUCUUCGACCUCAUCAUCGAUGUGUCGUCUUCUGGGUCUCCGUCAGCUCAGUCACCUGCGUGGCUGCGGGCACUGCGCCUGUUCAAGAUGGCUAAGGUGCUGCGGAUGCUUCGCGUGAUCAGGACCCUGAAGGAGCUCCACUUGAUAAUGGCCUGCAUCCUUGGGUCAUUCCGGUCCCUGUUUUGGAGUUUGAUGAUGAUGAGCGUAAUCUUCUAUAUGUUCUCGCUUGUAUUCGUACAGCAGGCGGCCACGUAUUUGAGCUUGGGCAACGCUAGUGACGAGAUGGAGGCACAAAUCAUCAAGAAUUACGGGUCGGUAGAGGCAAGCAUGUUAACCUUAUUCAAAACCAUCUUCGGCGGUGACGACUGGUCCACGUUCUAUGACACUAUGGCGGAGGUGAGUCUCAUCGGGCAGAUCCUCUUCGUGACUUUUGUGGCUUUUGCGCAAAUUGCCCUAUCCAGCUGCCUUCGGCAUAUUUGUCGAGAACGCCCUCAAACUGGCCGAGCCUCACUAUUAUGA